GGCGCUCCUGAUAUCCGGGGCCCGCUGGGAGCUGCGUUCCCGCCGCCCUCAGUUGCAGCCUGUGGGCUGGCACUCAUGUCCCUGUGUGGUCCCUCCAGAGGGUCCAGGCUGGAGGCGAACGCAUGUAGGAAUUUCCCUUUCGACUGCUCCUUCCGCCCCUCCCCCCCAAACCAAUCUCGUCUUGGAAUGUACUUUCAAAGGCUUUCGGAUGAGAUUCUUUGCAGGAAUGGGUGUUUCUUAGUGUCAGGUGAUCAUUGAUGUUGGUUGUUUUCGAGACUGUUAAGCCCAGAGAAGUUUCUUGACCUCCGCAGCGCCAAGAACCGUGACAAAAUGGCAACUAUCAAGAGGAAAUAGGAUCAUGGCAGCAGAUGAUGACAAUGGUGAUGGAACAAGUUUAUUUGAUGCCUUUUCUGCUUCUCCUCUUAAAAAUAAUGACGAAGGUUCUUUGGACAUAUAUGCUGGGUUGGACAGUGCUGUUUCUGAUAGUCCUUCCAAAUCCUGUGUACCAUCCAGAAAUUGUUUGGAUUUAUAUGAAGAAAUUCUUACUGAAGAAGGAACUGCAAAGGAGGCAACAUAUAAUGAUUUACAAGUAAAAUAUGGAAAAUGUCAGCUACAAAUGAAAGAGCUGAUGAAAAAAUUUAAAGAAAUACAGACACAGAAUUUCAGCUUAAAAAAUGAAAACCAGUCUCUUAAGAAGAAUAUUUCAGCACUUAUCAAAACUGCCAGAAUGGAAAUAAACCGCAAGGAUGAAGAAAUAAGUAAUCUUCACCAAAGAUUGUCUGAGUUUCCACAUUUUCGAAAUAAUCAUAAAAUUGCAAGGACAUCAGAUAUAGUUAAAACAAAAGAUCUUAAAUCCAGAUCUCCCCAUUUGAAUGAUUGUGCAAAGACUGAUCACAGAGCGAAAAGUGAUGUUUCUAAAGAUGUACAUCAUAGCCCUUCACUGCCAAACCUCGAAAAGGAAGUAAAAUCACAUUCAGAAAAAAAGAUCUCUUCACAUUUGCCUGCAUCUGUUGAAAAACACUGCACCAAUGGCAUUUGGUCACGUUCUCAUUAUCAGGUUGGUGAGGGUAGCUCGAAUGAGGAUAAUAGAAGAGGGAAAAAAGACUCUGGAUAUAGUCAAUAUAAUAGAGGAACUGAUAGAAUACGAAAAGACUUAAACAGUAGCUGUGGUGAUGGUGAACUGAGGAACAUAGAGGCUAGUCAAAGGCCACAAGGACGUCCUGAGAAAUACGGUAAAGGUGAACCAAAGACUGAAAGCAAAAAUUCAAAGUUUAAAAGUAACACAGAUUUGGAUUAUAAAAAUGAACGCAUUCGCUCUUUUUGGGAGAAAGAGACUUUUAGAGAGAGGUCACACACUCGAGUAGAAUUUCAAAGUGACAAAAAACUAGAAAGGCAAAAUGAGAGAUCACAAAGUAUAAAUAGAAAAGAACUAAAAUCACAAGAAAAAGAAGAAAGAAAAGUUGAUCAGAAACCUAAAUCAGUAGUAAAAGACCAAGAUCAUUGGAGAAGAUGUGAACGAGCAUCUCUUCCUCAUUCUAAGAAUGAAAUAACAAAAUCUCAUACUUCAAGUAAACACCAUCCAGAAGAGAGAAGAGGAAGAGAAGACUGUAAAAGAGACAGGGGUAUAAGUAAUCAUAGUUUUCAAGGAGGAUGUUCAUCCUCUCUUUCAACCAGCAGAACUCAAAAAUACAUUGACUCCAAAGAAGUUGAUGCUUUGCAUCAACGGGAAAAUACACCUUUAGAAGCAGAAAGGCAUAGAACUGAAGAUAAGAGGAAAAGAGAACGAGAAAGCAAAGAAGAAAACAGGUAUAUGAGACAUGAAAAAAGAACACCUACAGAACAUUUGCAGAAGACUAACAGAGAAACUAAGCAAAUCACCACUAAUUUAAAGAGACAGAAUGAGUCAAAAAAUGAUAAAGGCGAAGUCUCCAGUAAUGAUGUUUCUGAAGGUGCAGAUAAUAAAGACCUUGCAAUUAAAGCUGAAAAUGGUCCAAAUGAAACAAAAAACAAAGACUUAAAGUUGAGUUUUAUGGAAAAAUUGAACUUAACUCUUUCUCCUGCUAAAAAGCAGCCUGUUUCUCAGGAUAAUCAGCAUAAAAUAACCAGUGCUCCCAAAUCCAGUGGCAUAUGUGACUUGGAGUGCUUGGUGCAGGAUAAAACAGUGACAUGUGUUCCUUCUGUGAGUAAACACAUCACAGAGGAUACCAAAUCAAAGUUAUUAGAACCAAAGGAUUCUCUUGCCACAGCAGCACCUGAACCUGCCAAGACCAGUAUUCCAGAAAGGAAACUGGAAGAAGAAAAUAGUUUAUUAGUUAAAUCUAUUGAUAAUACUGUUCAUUAUGACAUGCCCAUUUGUGGUACAGAGACUUCCUCAGCACCCAUAGAAAUGGAAAAAACAGAAUCUUUGUUUCCAUCAACAGAAAUGGAGCAAAACAUUAAUGGUGCAAGGACAGCAGUUCCUGUGGUAAUGGACAUAAUACAAACAAAUGUUUCUCAGAACUUUGGCUUGGAAUUGGAUACCAAAAGAAGUGAUGGUUUAAAUUCUUGUAUUUCUGAAGAUAGGGAAACAAAGGAAUCUUUUUCAACAGAAGUGGUCAAAUCCAAUGAAAGCAUUUUGCAGCCUUCAGUUGAAGAAGCUGGCAUUUUGCCAGAAGAUGGUAAUCCAAAAUUUGAGCCUUCCCUUGUAGAUACACCACUGGUUGAGAGUAAGUCUUGUCGUUUGGAGCCUUGCUUAUCUAAAGACACUCUAGAAUCUUCACUUCAGCCGACUGAGUUAAUGGACCACAGAAUGGAAAUUGGUGAAACAAAUUCAGUAUAUCAUGAUGAGAACUCGGUUCUAAGCAUCGACCUUAAUCACCUGAGACCUAUUCCAGAAAUCAUCAGUCCUCUGAAUAGUCCUGUGAGACCUGUAGCAAAAGUUCUUAGACUAGAAAGCCCAUCUCAAGUUUCAUUAUAUAACAGUCAUAAAGAUGUGUUUCUACCAAAUUCAGCUCAUUUUACCUCCAAGAUUCAGUCUGAUCUUAACAAGGAAAAUCAAAAGCCAAUUUGCAAAACUGACAAAUUUACGGAAUCAGAUUCCCAUAAGAAUUCAUCUUUAGAUGAAUUGGAAGAAGGAGAAAUUAUAAGUGACAGUGAAAACUCUAAAUCACAAAAAAGUUUUGAAAAAAGUGCCAAACCAAGAACUUCUGCUGAAGUGCAGAUCACAAAGCCUAGCCCAGGAAGUAGGAAAAGUACUGUGCAUUUAGAUAAAGACAGUAGGAAGACAUCUUCUAUAAAAAUGCAGCAGACCAAAAGGAAAUGGAAUAAAAAACAAAGUGAAUCUAGCAGAUCUUCAGAAACAGAAAAGAAAGAUAAGACAAUGAGCACCUCAAGUCUGGAAAAAAUAGUUCCAAUUAUUGCUGUACCAUCUUCCGUACGAGAGGUUAUGCACAUGUUACGAAUGAUAAGAAAGCAUGUAAGGAAAAAUUAUAUGAAAUUCAAGGUAAAAUUUCCUUUAAAACAAUUUCAUAGAAUUAUUGAGUCAGCAAUUUUGAGUUUUACAUCACUAAUUAAACACCUUGAUUUAUCUAAAAUCUCUAAGUCAGUGACUACUUUACAGAAGAAUCUCUGUGAUGUCAUAGAAUCCAAACUUAAGCAAGUUAAAAAGAAUGGAAUAGUGGAUCGUUUAUUUGAACAGCAACUACCAGAUAUGAAAAAAAAAACAUGGAAAUUUGUAGAGGAACAACUUGAUUAUUUGUUUGCAAAGCUUAAGAAAACCUUAAUAAAGUUUUGUGAGUUCACAAACUUUGGCAGUGACAGUGAUGAAGGAAAACUUGAAAAGAUAAAUAAAGGGAAAAAACCUUCAAAUUGUCACAAGGGGAAUGUGAACAAUUCCAGCAAAGAAAUGCUGAAAGAGAAAUCCCUCAAAUCAGAAGAUUCUAUUUACGAUAAGUCCUCACUGGGAUGUAAAAAAUCUGAGGAAAAACGUCAAGACCAAAAUAACUCCAGUAUUAACACAGUAAAGCAUGACAUUAAAAAUUCUAACACUUGCCUUGGUAAUAUUAAGAACUCUCAAUCUGAAGAGCACUCCUUGGAACUAAACUGUCCAAGCACCCCAAAGCCAGGAAAAAUGGAAGGUAGCGCCAGCGAGGAUGCCCAGACAUCCCAGAAUGCAGCUAUGAAGCCAGAACGCUGUUUCGAGAUUCUUACUGAACAGCAAGCAUCUAGCCUUACUUUUAAUUUAGUGAGUGAUGCACAGAUGGGUGAAAUAUUUAAAAGUUUGUUGCAAGGUUCUGAUCUUUUGGACAACAGUGUUAACUGUCAUGAAAAAAGUGAAUGGGAGUUAAAGACUCCAGAGAAACAGCUGCUAGAGAGUCUUAAGUGUGAAUCUAUACCAGCUUGCACAACGGAAGAGCUAGUUUCAGGGGUAGUUUCUCCGUGUCCCAAGAUGAUUAGUGAUGAUAAUUGGUCAUUAUUAUCAUCUGAGAAAGGUCCAUCUUUGUCUUCAGGGCUUUCAUUGCCAGUUCAUCCUGAUGUGUUGGAUGAAAGUUGUAUGUUUGAAGUGUCUACUAACAUAGCUUUAAAUAAAGAUAAUGUAUGUAAUUCAGAAAAGAGCAAGCCCUGUAUUUCUUCCAUACUUCUUGAGGACCUAGCAGUGUCUUUAACAGUACCAUCACCUCUGAAGUCAGAUGGUCAUCUAAGUUUCUUAAAGCCUGAAGUUUUGUCUAGUGCAACUCCUGAAGAAGUUAUUAGUGCCCAUUUUAGUGAAGAUGCCUUACUUGAGGAAGAGGAUGCAUCUGAACAAGACAUUCAUUUAGCUCUGGAGUCUGAUAAUUCAAGCAGUAAAUCCAGUUGUUCAUCAUGGACAAGCCGGUCUGUUACUCCAGGAUUUCAGUACCACCCUAAUCUACCCAUGCAUGCUGUCAUAAUGGAAAAGUCCAAUGAUCAUUUCAUUGUGAAAAUACGGCAUGCAGCACCAUCUACCACCACUAGUCUCAUACAGAACAUGGAGGCUGGUGAGUCAUUGACAUCUUUGCCCAUAGUGGCAAAGGAAGCUGAUGAAGCAGAAGAGAAGAAAUAUGUUUUAUGUCAGAACACGGUUCUUAAAUCUGUGGAGGAAUUGAAACAUUCCAAUGAAAAUGUUGACAGCAGUAAAUCACCUCAUGAAGAACAGGACUGUAUGAUGCAAACACAGGUUCCUGAUAUAUAUGAAUUUCUUAAAGAUGCGUCAGGUAAAGUGGGUCAUAGUAAUGAAGUGGCUGAUCAGUGCUUCAAAUUGCAUCAAGUAUGGGAACCAAAAGUGCCUGAAAGCAUUGAAGGAUUGCCUCCAAUGGAAGAAAUUCCACAUUCUGUAGAAAGUCAUCUUCCAAACGCAUAUGUAGAUCUCACAAAAGAUCCAGUCACUGAAACCAAAAACUUGGAAUUCAUAGAAGUAGCAGUUUUAAAUAUUGAUCAGUUGGGAUGUUCUAGAAGCAAUUUGGAACAAAAUGCUCAAAUAUUAGACAGUGUGCAGCCUGAUACUGUAGAUGCUUUUAUUGAUUUGACACAAGACCUUUCAAGUGAGAGUAAAAAUGAAGAUAACUGUCCUGCUUUAGCUGUUGAACACUUGGGGUGUCCAGUGUUAUAUGUAGCUGAAGAUAACUGUAAGGAAGAACAGGUGCAAGUGUCAAACAAGCCUUUGGAAUGCAUUGUGGAGGAAGCUUGUAUUGAUUUGACCUCAGAAUCUCCAAGUUCAUGUGAAAUAAAAAAGGAAGAUUUAAAAUCGGAGCUGGCAUCAAAUUCUGACAGUUUAGAGUUGCCUGAGGCUUUGGAUAGUGCUCACAAAAAGAGAAAAAACCUUUCUGAUCUAAAUCAUUCUCAGAAAAAACAGAGAAAGGAAACAGACUUAAACAGUAAGGAAAAGACCAAGAAAAUCACCCCAAAUUCUGGUGAGAAUGGUGAAGCUUACCGAAAGAAAGCCAGUAAGAAAAAGGUCCCUUCAGUGACUAAAGAUCCCUCAUCAUUAAAGGCAAGUCCGAGGAUUAAGGACCCAUCAGCAGCAUCUGGCACUUCUCCUAUAAGCCUUUCUGCAAAGAAUGUUAUUAAAAAGAAGGGAGAAAUUAUAGUUUCAUGGACAAGAAAUGAUGACCGAGAAAUUUUAUUGGAGUGUCAGAAAAGAGGGCCAUCAAUGAAAACAUUUUCUUAUUUAGCUGCCAAGUUGAAUAAAAAUCCAUCUCAGGUCUCAGAAAGAUUCCAGCAGCUAUUGAAGCUCUUUGAAAAGUCAAAAUGCAGUCACAGGUUGGAGAAUGAUUGCUCGUGCAGGCUUCUCAGGUCACCUCAUCUACAGGACGUGCUCAGAGUGAAGCCUGCCUGCUACAGUUCAGAUCAGCAUGGCAUUUCUCCUCAGCCUUCUGAUUGCUGAUGAGUCUAAGAUAAGUUGCUGAAUUCCUUGGAGUCUUAAUUGAUAUUGCAUACUGCACAGAAGCUUGGAAUUCCUCAUGUUUUAAAUGGGGAAGUAGAGGGCAAUUUUAUGACAUAUUUGAUUCCUAGAUAAUGAUCUCCAUUGGUUGUUAUUUGCUGACUCUGUAAUCUUAAGUCGGCAUGUUCAGCUUGUUCCAGUCAUCAGUCUGAUUUGCUUACCUGUUAUUGGUCAAGAUACUUAUUUUUAAACAGAUUAGAAUUUGUUACUAAGAUAAAAGCAACGAUAUAGUAUCGAAACCUUAGUUUUGAUAUUUCAAAGAAAUGACUUUCUUUUCUAGAUUUUUAAAAAUAGUUUUGUAGCAUUUUAAACUUAGCCAUUAUUUAGUUUGCUUUCAUCCAUUUUUAUUUGCUCUUCUAAUCACCUCUUCUCAUUUUGGUAAAUUGUAAAGUAAUUUAAAUAGUGUAUCUGUAAAUAUGUAUACUUAAAAUGAUGUAAAAUAUUUUGUGUGUGUUUGUGAGUAUACACACAUGUAAAUGGUUUUGCCUAGCCAAGGAUUUUUUUUAUCUGUAUAAAACUUUUUGUACAAAGUUUGCUUUCAAUACCAGUAAUGUAUAAAUAAAGCCAUGUAAAGUUCUAUUAUAUUUUGAUUAGAUUUUUUUUAGUGUUUUUAGAUAAUAAUUAAAAGAAAAAAAAAGAUAAAACUCUCAGGGGACAUGGGGGGCUUUUUUGAGGUAGUUCUUGGUGAAAGUGUGACUGGAUGAAUGUCUGAGUAGAUUAGAGAAAACCAGUUGCCUUUGCCUGCUUUCUCACAGCAGGUGCUAGUACAGUGAACCAGACUUCUGCUGCAGGUGUCCUCACAGAUAAAAUCAGGGCAGAGCAAAAACCUUUUGGGUGAAGAUUUGAGGAAAACCAGGUAAGGAUUGACUAGCUUGCACAUUAUUUGUUCACUUUCCCUGCUCCAGAAUCAUAGGACGAGUGGGUUGUAAUCUAAGCCUGAGAAUCUAGAAAGUACCUUAGGAAAUUGACAUUCUUGUUGGGUGAAAUGAAGGGGAAGUCCUUUUCUUCAGGACUGCUAGGUAGAUAACAAACUGAAAUAAUUCACUGUUGUUUUUAUAGUGCUGAGGCUAUUCAUCAUAUUGCUUAUCUUCUUCCUUCUCUUUGAACCCCCAACAUAGCUAGAGGGCUGGGCCUCAGUUCUUCCCUGUACAUACCAUCACUCAGAAGAGCCCAUACUACCAAGUAUAUAAGUUUAUAAGCCCAAGUAAAGUGAUAACUAAGAGAUGCCACUGGUUCAGAGGAAAACAGUAAACUGGGUUACAUAAGACCAUCAGAAUCUAAAAUAAAGCCAACAAACUUUGAAAGGAAAAAGGGAAGAUUUUGGUAAUGUGAUAUAAGAAUAAAAAAUAAACCAAGUAGAUAUAUAAAAAAAAAUUUUUUAAAUAAAAAACGAAAUAGAGUAAAAAUCCAGUGGAUACAGCCAAAGAAUGAAUGAAUGAGUUGGAAAAUCAAAUUGAGAAACUCUCCUAGAAAGAAGCAAAAAAAAAAAGGAUAAUAAAUAGAAAAUAUGAAUGCAGAUUUAAGUGAGAUGAAGGACACAAGAUGUGCCAACCUUCAGGUAACAGAAGAAGUCCAAAAGAAGAAAAA